GCUUUCAUUUGUGGGUGAAGACCUUUAUAAGCCCUCCUUUCACUUGGCUUCUUCAAUUUUCAUUAGAUCCAUCUCUCCCUCCCUCCUUCAAUGGGGAAUAACAACCAUGAUUUGAGUCCUUUCUUAUUUUCCUCUCUACCUUAUGCUCAAUUUCCCUCUCCUUUUUUUUCACUAUCAUCGUCUCCUCCAUUAUCUCCAAGUCUAAAUUCCCCUUUUGAAUCUUCCCAAAGUCUACCCCUACAUACUGCCCAAUCUUCUUCAAGUUCUUUCCAUCCUUCUACUGCUGCUGCUAAUCUUGGGCCAUGCACGGCCUGCAAAAUCCGUGGUCAACGAUGCUCGCACAAGUGUUAUGUAGCUUCCUACUUACCACCUACAAAUUCACACAAAUUCACCGUCGUUGAUGGAAUGUUAGGGCCUACCAAUAUCGUCAGCUUCUUGCAGCUUUUAUUUCUUCCUGGAGGCUUUGGACUGAAACAGUUGAUUGUUUUGAAGUCUUCUUUCUACCCAAUAUGGCCGUAAAGUCAUAUGUGUUUUUUGCAAUAGAUGGCAGAAUAGAAGGUUUUUGUAUUAGUUGUUCUUCAAAGGUUUUUAAAAGUUUUUCUAAAAAUUCCUUUUGUAGUUGAGAAUCUUCAACCUAUGUAAGGAUUUCUAAGAGUAACUUCUAGUCUUUAGAAAGAACAUUGAUUUUUAAUUUAGGUUUUGUAAACAGUUUAGUUUUUGUAUUAGAAUUCGAAUUGGAUGAUAAAAUUGUGAUCAAUUCAUCAAUUUGUAAUCCUUCUUCAUUUUCAGUGGGUUCAGAAUAACUGGACUCACCUUUGGUUUCAACUAAAAGAGCAGUUAUUUUAUUGAUAACUUCUUCUUCUAAUUGUAACUCAUGAAGUUUUCUGUUUAACUUGCAAAAAUUUGUAGUGUGGCUUUUCUUUCCGCAUUUGUAGCAAGUUAAAUCUUUGAAUUUUAUUUUGGAUUAGGACUAGUUUUACUAGUCUUUUUUGAAAGUUUUUUGUAAUAGAAAUCUUUUUCUGGUUUGGAAAUGUUCUAAGGACCUAUUGGCACCAAGUGAAGUAAAAAGGACUUCACUGUUGUGAUAAUUUUUCACAUUGACCAGUGGGGUCAAUGGUAAUUUUAUACUAAAAUCCAAUGGGGAUCCUAGGCCUUUAAAUUUCUGUUUUUGUAAUUCAAGGUGAUUUUGGUUAGAAGUGGAUGAAUCUGAUGGACUAAUUCUGGAUGUAAUGGUUUUGUAUAAAAUUUAGUUUUGUAAAAACUAAAUAAAUGAUUGAGCAACCAUGAUAUGAUCCUCAUGAUAUUUAAUUCUGCUAAGAAGGUCAACCACAUAUUUAUUAGCUUUCUCGAACUGAAUACAAAGUGCAUUGAGAGCUGUUACUCCCAACCGUUUGUUUUAUAUUAUAGUCCAAAGAUUAUCUAAUAAACAUUGGUGUCUUUCUGUGAGAACAUAUGCAGUUCUGGCUACAUUAAUUCUUAAUUUUUGAGCAGGUGUUUUGGAGAGGACUAUCGGUCCAAAGUGGACUAAAUCACCAUUAUUGGAGGAUUCUACUAUCUGUAAAAACUCACAAGGGUUAGUUUGUAAUAAGCAGUAAUCAAAAAAUUGAUUUUUGAAAAUAAGCUCAUUUUGUAAAGAAAUUUCUUUUUGUAAA